AUGAGCUUAGGGAAAACUAUUUAUGUUGACAAGGAACUUGGAGAAAAUGUGGGGUGCGUGUCACGGAUACGCAUAAUGAGCGCCCUUGUGGCCGGUGUUGGUGCUGGACUGCUGGGACUAACUAAUUUGGCCGGCGCCUUAUUUUUUGUGGUGAGUGCGCUGUUCACUUCUUUUGCCAUACUCUGCUUUGGGUGCGAGGGCGGUCCUGAAAGGUAUUUCCCCUCGGGGAAGAAGGAGCUUUUUUCAUUUGGAAGCCUCUUUACGGGUGGUAUGACAUACAUUUUGGCUUGGACUGUAGCAUAUGACGCAAUUUAUAUAUUCUAG